AUGUCCUCACCACUUAGAUCGCCGUCGCCAGCGGGUUCACUGCAAAGUGCACUGUCGGACGUCCUCACUCCCAGUCGAAAAGUACGCGCCUUGUUAGCCCAAUUUGACGAGUCCGACUCGGACGAUCCUAUCCAGGGCUCAAGGCCGCCGGUUCUUGAGAAGUCAGAUCAACGCGAGAAUGGCCGAGGUCCUGCUGGUCAAGAUAGCGUUUCACCAAUGGAGGAUGAAUCAGAAGAGGAGGAUAUCCUACAUGCAGCCCCGCGGUCCAGAAUCGCUGCUCGGCUGCAGGGCUCCAUCAAUAUCUCCACGGUCUCGAACGGUAUCGAGAAACAGUCCAGCUCCAACCCACAUCAAGAAGACACAUCGAACGCUUCUGACGAGGGUAAAGGAGCGAGGCCACCGAUGAGGCGGAGAUUGCUCACCAAACGGAAGAGCAGUCCCAUUCGACAGGCAGCACAAUCGCUUGCUUCACCAUCGCCUUCUCAGUCCACGUUGCCUUCGCUGGGGGCCAUAAGUCCCGCGGCUGGUGCAGGGCAUGCUUCCGGAGGGUCAGAGUCUGAGGAUGAAGACAAACCUUCAAAUACCGGGAAGUCCAAAUUUCUGGCCCUGGUGGAAAAGCAUAGGAAACAGCGUCUUGAGAAAGAGGCCGAAGAAGCAGCAAAGAAGGCUGCCCGAGUGGAAGCUCUCAAGUCUCAGGAAGCGGAAGCUCGUAUUCCUAGGGGUUCAAGUCCCGCAGAUGAUUCUGAUGAAGACAGCGACAUUUCUGGUGAUGACGCAGCCAAAAAAUUGGCCAAACAAGCUCGCCCUACGCGCAAGGCCAGUAAAAAGGCUAUAGAGGAAAUGAACCGGGAGACCCAGCGACUCACCCGGAACAUGCAGCUUGCGCAUCAGGCCAGAACGAAAAAGAAAAUCACCAAGGACAGUCUCUUGGCUAGGUUCAAUUUCCCCAAGCCUGGCUCUAUGCAGAUUAAAACUACACCUGAACCAGACAAUGAGACUCCGGUCACAGCCAGUUCUCGAGCUGGAUCAGACACCGACGCGGUCAGGGAGCACGAUACGCCGCCAACAAGUCCUGUGGCGGGGGAAACGACAACCCUCGACAGUUUCAAGAACCCGCGGAGCAAUGUUGAUGGCUUGCUCCGUGAAUCUGGCAACACUGAAGAGGACUCUGUCGCACCCCUUCCAAAACUCGACAAGGGUAAGGGUAGAGCGCUUUCAGAGGAACCCAUCGAACAUCGCAAGCGUUUCGGCGCGGUCCACCAGGUUAACCAGCAAACAUCUAACUCACUACUGGAGGCUUCAUCAGAACCUCCACUGAAGCCAACCGUCAAACCAUUUCGACCCAAAUGGUCUCUUGCCGCUCUGAAGUCAGGAGAUGAUGAUGACUCCGACUCGGAGCUUGAAGUUAUCACCACUCGAGGAGAUGUUCGAAAAUACGCAGUAUUCGAGCAUCUACCGAAACGAAAGGCCACAGAGUCAUCGUCUCAUCUUGCAUUGAGAUCGUUGGCGAACCUCAUUGGUAGUGAAGAACGAAAGAACUCACUGAAUGCCGCGCAAUUGGAGAUAUCUUUGAGAAGAGCAGCUCGUAUGCAGGCACAGCGGGAGAGACAAGAAAAGAUACAAGAACUGAAAGCCAAAGGGGUCAUGAUCCAAACAGCUGAAGAGCGAGAACGUGAACAGCAGGAAGUAGAAGAUCUCCUGGAACGAGCAAGACAGGAAGCUGUAGAGAUCCAGAAACGCGAAAAGGCUAUGGCGAAGAAGGAGGGAACUCUUUCCAAAGACGAUCUAGACGACGACGACGACGACGACGGCAGCGACGGGGAUUUUGAAGGAGAUGACGAAGACGAAAUAGCACUCUCGGAUGAAGAUGAAGAAGACGGUGAAGGAGAAGGAGAUGAUGACGAUGACGAGAUGGAUGAAGCCCAAGGCACCGAAGACGAGAAUCUGGUCGAACAUGAAGCUGCUGAAGAGGAUCCGGUCGAAGCCGUCUCGGAGGAUGAAUUAGAGACAGCCAGUGGGCCGGGAGAUGACCUCGAUGACAAGCAAGACCGAAAAGCUUCGUCGAGGAGAAGCCGGACUACUCGGGUGCUCAGCGAUGACGAUGAAGAAGCAGAAGAAGUCGUCCCGGAAGCACACGAAUCACCCCGACUGCCAUCGCUGGCCAAAACACCUCAAUCUCUUUCUCGCUCUGCCAGAAAGCAGAUCCCAGGUCUCCAGAUGUCUGAUGACCUUCCCAUGGGAUUGACGCAAGCAUUUGCUGCCACUAUGGCCGAUUCUCAGAGUCAACCUACUCAGGAACAAGAUAGUCUGACCAUGACAGUGGACCUCCCUUCGCCCAACAUCGCCAUGGUCCCGAGAUUGAACCGUCUUGACUCUGUCGACAUGAUUUCCGACAGUCAGCCUGACUCACAAACACAACCGUUGAACAUCAAUCUGUCAUUCUCGCAAUCACAGAGGAUUCCUCAGUCUCCCGCAAAUGCAUCAGCGACUGAUGGACCGCAGUACACUCCUUCGCAAGCGCAAUUCGAACCGACUCAAGACGCCGGGUAUGUCCUGACCCCGUUCGGUGGCAAUCGAUUCUCAACAGACACUCCGCAACAGCCAGCGCCACAUUCUACCAUGGAUACGGUCUUGCUUCCACCAGACACCCAAGAGAGCCCAAUUGUGCAACGAAAAUCUCGCCUUCAACGCGGACGUCCUGAACCUGCAGGAAGCGAUGACGAGAAAUCAGAGACUGCAGAAGCCUUCUCUGCGUUCGAUGCAAUGCGUCUGGCAGCAAAGCAGAAAAAGCGAGAAAUGUUUGACAAGUCAAAAUCAAACGCUCGAGAGAUUGUGGACGAGGCUGCAGAAGAAUCCGAGGAUGAGUAUGCUGGUCUUGGAGGCGCAAGUGACGAAGAUGCCAAUGACGAAGAAAAUGAAGACGAUCGUAACAUGAUCGACGAAGACACCCAGGUUGGAGCGGGGGAUGAGGCCAAACUGGCAAAGUUGUUUGCCGAUCGCGAGCGGCAACAGGAUGAAGCGGCCGUUUCCAAGUUGCUCAAAGACAUUACCACAGGUGCGCUGCGACGCAAACGAGGAAACGAUGAUCUGGAUCUUUCAGAUGAGGAAGAUGCGAUUAUGAGAAGGAGAGCGGCCAAGAGACGAGAGUUCCUGAGGAUGCGCAACGAACUGCUCAAAGAUGAGGCUGUUGGCAAGAUUGCAGAGGACAAGAAAAAGGAAGCCUUUCUACGAAGCAUCGAAGAUCUCAAUGCCAGCGACGACGAUGAAGACGAUUUUGAUUUGCCCGAAACUCAAACCGAAGACGAGUCACAGACGUCCGCGCAAGCAGCAGAGCAAUCUGACAGACCUGGGGACCUAUCCACAAACGAUUCUGCGCUGGAAAGCAACAACGACAAACGUGCCUUUGCAAGUACUGCGCCAUCGAGAUUGAACCAAGCCAGGCGACCCGUCGAUCACGGGAGAGCUCAUCUAAAUAGAAGACCAACAACUCUUGCGGAGAUCCGAGAAUCCGUGUCCUUCCUUGUCGAAGAACGUGACUCCCAAUCGGCCACGAUUGAUCUUGGGCUGUCCGACUCAGAAGACGAGCCAGAAGCAUACGUCAACCUGGACCGACAUCUCCAAGCAGCCGAGGCGGACGAGAAUGCAGACAACGGCGAAGAUCUCGGAGAUUUCAUCGUCGACGACGACGGAAGAGCUGACGACGAGAGUGCCUUUAAGAAGCCAACAGUGCCUUAUAGUGAGACUAGGGCAGCGUUCUCUGACCGACGGACGAAAGAGAGGCCAAACGUGGUCAAUCGAUUGAGUAUGCUCCGUCAAUCGUCGUCAUCGUCAGGCUCAUCCACCAGCACUAAGAUGGCCUUCUACGGCGCCAACUCGUCGGCGAACCGGUCGAUCGGCAAGGUUCCCACUCUUCUCCGUCGGGCCACCACGAAUUCCAGCUUGGGCAGUAUGGCGGGCCGGGACGAGAAUGUGUCUGCGACGGGGGUAGUGACCAACCGCACGGAACGGGGCAAAGGCAACGACGAAAAGGAGUUUAUCAGGAAAGGCAACGGCGGUCGAAGGAAUGCAGUCAACUAUCGACCCACGAUCAGAGAGGAGAAGAUGAGUCAACGCGCCGGCAUUGCGAAGAAGAAUGCAGCCAAGAACAAGAAGGCAAAGGGCGGGUUUCUGGGAGGUCUGUUUGGGCAGAAUAGUUGGGCUUGA